CGCCGGCCCAUGCUGAGCGAUCGCUUCUCUCCGGGGAGACUCAGCCGAGAGAUGAACUAGGACAAGCGGAUCAUGGCUGUGUCUCUGUGCCGGGACUCCCUGCCCGAACAUUGGACGUACGGCGUGUGCAGGAACGGGAGGGUCUUCUUCAUCAACGACCGUACGCGGGAGACCACCUGGUUGCACCCACGCUCCGCCGAGCCGGUCAACUCGGGACAUAUGAUCCGGUCAGAUCUGCCCAAGGGAUGGGAGGAAGGCUUCACGGAUGAAGGAGCGAGCUACUUUAUCGACCAUAACCAGAGAAGCACCACCUUUCGUCAUCCCGUGACCGGGCAGGUUUCUCCGGAGAGUAUCGAUUUCUUCCUUCAAGAACAGCUGCCGGGUCCUCGCGUCAUGUCCCAACCUGGCGUCGAGCAGCUCUCCAGCACCACCGUCAGCGAUGUCUCCACCGUCACCACCUCCUCCGCUGUGGACGCUGCCGCCAGCUCCAAGGGUCCUCGCUCUAGCAGGGUGCACAGUUUUGGCAAGCGAGAGCAGGCCAUCAAGAGGAACCCCAAUGUGCCUGUUGUAGUCCGAGGAUGGCUCUACAAACAGGAUAGCUCCGGGAUGCGUCUUUGGAAGAGGAAAUGGUUCGUCUUGUCCGAAUUCUGCCUCUUCUACUAUAAAGACAGCAGAGAGGAGGCGGUCCUGGGCAGCAUUCCUCUUCCCAGCUAUGUCAUUUCACCCGUGGGACCCGAGGACCACGUCAGCCGCAAGUAUGCCUUCAAGGUUUGUCGAUCAGGGCUGAGAAAUCGGUGUAUGAAGAGUGUGACAAUUAAACCUCCACCCUCCACCUCCUCUUCCCUCUCUUUCCAUUGGUUGGCUGCCCGACCGGGACACACCUCCCACACACCCCUGCGAGUGUGUCACAUUGAGAGUCCUCACAUACUCUUGACUCUCCUCAGACCAUCUGAGCAGUCGGCUCACUUCCACAUGAUACGUCAUCAGACCACCAACCACGUCAACAACCACAAGGCUCCGGAACCCCAGAGACCCGCCGUCCACGAGGUUCUCCUGGAGCCCAUACAUCACCAGCCGGACGACCGCCACAGCUUCCACAAAGACUCUCCCGUUGCCACGGAGAUGGACACGCACACCUCCCUCCCCACCAACCCCACGGCUGCCGCCGUCCCGCCUCCAGACCAUGCGUCCUCGUCGGCGCCCGUGUCCAGGGUGCCGUCUCGAGCACCCUCGCGGUCCGCCUCCACGCUGCCCACGGGCGUCAGCGCCAGGAAUGGCCUGGUGGAAACGCCCAGCCCCAUCUUGGAGCCUAACGGGAUUGCGGCGGGGACGUAUCAGAGGGUCCCGGAAGCCCCUCUGGAAAUGAGGAGGAGGAGUACUCUGGGACAAGUGGAGCAGUGGGUCAAGGUGCAGAAAGCCGAGCACAAAGGUCCUCCAUCCCGAGACAGCACCCUCCCCCGCAGAACGCCGCCCUGCCAACCCAAGUUCGGCACUCUGGAUUCACACCAGACCCGGCCGAAGACCCCUCACCACAGCCCCCCGCUGGCACGCCUCGGCGAGUACAAGUAUGCCCAGGACCGCAUGAGCCACUUCCGCCUCACCCCCGAUCUGGGCGGCCCGGGUUCCAACACGGUGCUGCAGUUGUACGAGUGGCAGCAACGUCAGCAGUACCGCCACGGCAGCCCCACGGCGCCCCUCUAUACGCCCGCCCCGGACUACCCUUUUGGCGCCCGUCCACCAUCCGCCCUUCCUCCCGCCGCCAAACACAACGGGCCGCCACGCUGUGUGUCCGUACCGCCCUCGCCCGCGGACAUCCCGCCGCCGGGGCCUCCGCCGGGCACGAGCAGAACCUUGUCGCCCGCCCGCCGCCCACACACGCCGGUCGGCCGCGUGACAGUGAGACCCUCGGCUGAUGCGUCGGCGGCGGACACAAUGUUUGCCAUUUCACCUCGCAGGACCAUGUCGCAGGUCUUCAAGGCAUCCACGAUGGACAGACGCUCUUUGCCUCCAUCCAACUACAUGACACACACGGUCAGUGCGCCCAGCCUCCACGGCAAAACGCCCGAUGAGCUCACCCUGCUGCUCAUUCAGCUGCGCCGGCAGCAGGCCAAGAUGGCGGCCGUCCGCCAGCACACGCUGGAGCAGCUGCAGCGCCACGGCUUGUCGACCGCCGGCCCCCUCCUCAGCGUCGGCCCCGCUCCUACCCUAUCCCACCUGUUGGGCGAAACCCAGGUGGACGACACGUACAAGCAACUGAAGGAGGACCUGGACUAUUUGGACCUCAAGGUGGCCGGAAGUCAAACUCUGAAGGCGUCGGGAAAGCCGGUCAAGGUCGCAGAGAGUGACGUGGACGUGAAGCUGAGUCGGCUAUGUGAGCAAGACAAGAUCCUGAAGGACUUGGAAGUGCGGAUCAGCUCGUUGAAAAAGGAUAAGGACAAGCUGGAGAGCGUGCUGGACGUGUCCCACCAGCAAAUGGAGCUCUUCCAUGAGCAGCCGGCCCACGCGCACAAAAUCGCUUACCAGCAGAGACUUCUUCAGGAGGACCUGGUCUCCAUCAGGGCCCAGAUAUCCCGACUAUCCACGGAAAUGACGCAUGCCUGGGACGAGUACGGCUGGCUGGAGGAUUCGGUGGAGCAGCUGAGGGCGGCGCUGCAGGCCCGCAUGAACCACAACGCUACCCCACAGCAAGAAAAGGGCGAGAUGAAGCGCGAGCUGUGGAGGAUCGAGGAUGUGAUGGCGGGACUGAGUGGCAGCAAAGCCAACUACAAAGUUACCAUCGCUUCUGUGCAGAACCCAGAGAGGAAGUUAGUGCCUUCCGUGUCAGAGCCCAGCGUGCCUUCUUCGAGUGCCGACAUCCAUCCUCCACCUCGUAGUUCUGUUCCGAGCGUCUUUUCGCAAACUCUGCCUCCCAACUUUGUGCCAAAGUGGGCAGAGGAUGACGCUCCGCCCCGACCUCCGCUCCCUCGCCUGUACGACUACGAGGAGACGCCGCCCGCUGUGCCGCCGCUGCCCAAGGAGGCGUCGGCGGUCAUUCGCCACAUGUCGGUGCGUGGCCUCAAGCGGCAGUCUGACGAGAGGAAGAGGGACCGGGAGGGCGGACACAACGCUCUCAAUGGCGACUGUAAGACUGACUUGCGUUCUUUCCUGAGUGAACCCGAGCUGCUGGCCAUAACUCACCACAACAACGAUGCGGAUUAUCAGUAUCUUGACCACAAAGGUCUGUCGGGCACAUCAUGGCAGAACCAGUCGAGUGCCAUAUCGUCCUUCGUCACGCUGAGGAGAGGCCCCGACACCGCCGUGGACAGGGAGCGACCUAAGAGUGCCUUGGAGUGUUUGUCCUCCGAGUACCCGAGCGGCACGCCUCCUCCCCAGCGCGGUGGCCGAAUGAGCGCCGAGGAGCAACUGGAGCGCAUGAAGCGCCACCAGAGGGCGCUAGUGCGCGAGCGCAAACGGAACCUCAGCCAGGGCGAGCGCUCAAGCGCCCCGCCGCCCGCCUCCGCGUUUGAUUGGCGGGAGGAACGUCCCGGGGCCGAAGGUCAAAGCGACGAAGGUCACAAGGAGGGAGGAGACGAGUGGCUGACGGCCAAGGCCACGUUGGUCCGAGAAGCAGAUGUGGAGCCUCUGGACUACGAUCUCGACAUCAGCAGAGAGCUCUCCAAGCCCAAGAAGGUGUCCAUCCCUGAGCGUUACGUCGAGUCGGAUCCCGAGGAGCCGCUUAGCCCGGAGGAAGAGGAGGAGCGACGUCUUCGUACGGAACGCAUCAGGAAAAUCCUCACCAAGUCCAACGUUCAGAAUUUGCAGUCGGCGUCGCUGGACCUCAGCGAGCUGGAAUCGGUUCUCCAAGAGCAGGAGAAGAUCAUGAAGGCAUCGCGAGCGCUCGCCUCACAGGCAUCCAAGAAGAGCAAACUGGUGGCAGCCAAAGCUGCUGCUGCGAGCCCAUGACCACCACCACUGACUCUGACCGGAGUCCCAGUAAAGGACCGCUGGGGCAAUUUUCAAACUAAAAUGCAACAAACACUUAAUCAG